GGCGCCCCGUCGCCGACGCCCGCCACCGGCUCCGCGGCCACCGCCGUCGAGACGGAGAUCACCCUCAGGAACGUGGCGCACGCUCUGGUACACGCGCAGAGCAUCCUGUCCGAGGCCGAGGGCAUCGUUGCGAACACCGAGAAGUGCCUCGACGACGACGGCUACAUCCAGAAGGGGCUGUCGAAGUACCACGCGACGCCCGCCAUCAGGGACGUCAACUCGAACAACUCGUUGGCGUCGACGCACCGCGACGACCUGACGAGCAAGGUCAUGGACAUGAUCAAGGCAGACGGGCUGUUCUCCCAGUCCAUGAAGGGUCUGGUGCCGGCCACCGGCGUCGCGCUGGGGGCGUGA